CAAAGCCUCGCCCAGCUGCUUAACAAACUGAAGUGCCUGUGGCAUGCAGCAAAAAUAUUAAAUGAAUUAAAAAAAUGACCCCAAGAAUGCAACUCCCUCUGAUCUCAAACUGAUAUUGCUUUAGAAUUCGUGCAGUCAAACAUUGACAGCUAGUAUAUACAAAAUGAUCGAGGUUUAUGAUAUGGUAACGGUACUUUUUCUAGAGUAAAACGAUAACGGUACUAGGAGAUUGCUCAGGAAAAGUAUAUUCAUAUCAUCAUUCUUUCUUAUUUUCAACUAAAAUAUAAAUCAAAAAAGUAAUGUUCGAUUUGGCUAUGCUAUGCCUCAGCAAUCUGGACAACCAGGGUGACGAUGUAGGUUAAGUUCUUCCUUGGGUUAGCUACCAAGUCUGACAAAAUCCUCACUUGGAUAAGCUCAUCAGGCAGCAUCCCCAUGACAAACAUGAUCUUUACGGAUUGGUGGUCCUAUAUGAUCGCCACGGCACCAACAGUUUUACAAAAGGGAGUAGUUUCCAUAACGCCUUCAUUGCUUGGUCAAUCUGGAAGCAGCGGAAUCACUUCAUCUUCAACAGAAACCAGCCAAAUGUGCAGCUGCUUGUUAGCAUUAUGGUGGAAUAAGUUCAAGUGAGUUUAACAAGUUCUCAGUUCUAGUAGCAUGUCUCAAUGUAAUUUUUUCAAAUAAAACAGAAAAAUAUGAAAUAUGCUUCCUGCUGCACGAAUUUGCAGAACAGAUGUAACGUACGUAGAGCUUUGCUCUAUGGGGAAAGAAUUAGAUGAGAGUCUCACGAUGCUUGAAAGGGCACGUGUAUAGUGAGGUAGCUCGAUCUGAGAUCUCGAGCAGGACCUACGACAACUACGUUAAGCUGGUGAGGCAACUAAUAAAAGGCGCACAACAAAGUUAGUACUCCCUCAUUCACUAAAUGCAUGCCAUUCUAGCAUCUAACAUUGGAACUAUAACAUGAAAAACAGUGACGGGUUGUGAGAUAAAAACAAGAGAUUCAAUUGUACAAUGCUCAAAAACAAUUUCUAGAAAGAAAACCAGGCGUUUUUCUAUCUUCAGUUUAUACAAGUGUUAUAAAUCAACAAGGACCUAUGUAAUAUGAUCGUAGAAGUAGCUCAAGAUUAGUUUGUUCAACUAGUUUACUUCGUAAAGUAAUUCAACAAUAAUAAAAGAAUGCAAACCACAUACAUGACGGGCGUGUUUGGUUGCCUGCAUGAGGCCCAACCAGGUCCGCGCGGGAAGAAAACGACCUGUUUGGUUGGCUGCAUACACUGUUGGGCCUGCAUGGCACGAUGUUUAAAGCACUCCUGGGCCUGGCUCCCUGGGAACGCUCGAAUCGGCAGUUUCUCCAGAGCCAGGCCCGAGCGGUGCACGUGGGCGGCGGUGGCUGCACGCGCGUGGCCACGCUCGAGAAGCCGCGUUGCUUCCCGAAGCGCCGGCAGUUAUUAGCCUCACCGCUCCAUCUCCCCACUCUCCCAAUUCUCACUGGCGGCAGCGGAUCGGAGGAGAGCAAGAAGACCACCAGACUCCAUCACCGGUGAGCGGAUCAUCACCUGGCCCGCGGCAAUGGCGAUCGAGGAGAGCAAUGAGAUGGGCACGAAGGUGCUCCCGGCCGUUGACAACAAGGACAGGCAGCCGGUUCAUCCAAUGCCCGAGGUGGUGCUGCCACCCACCGCUGAGGAAGAACCGAAGACGCCAACGGUUGGCGACGACGAGCGCAUGGAGGAGCCCCCCAGCAGCAAGCGCCGCAACUACGACCACUACCAUGAGGAGGAUGGCCCAACUCACUUCUGCAAGGUCAUCGUUGCACCGGAGCUUGAGUGCAUCCCCAUGCCCCUGGGCUUCACCAAGCACUUCGUCGCGGUGCCGACGGAGUUCAAGCUGAGGAACAACACCGGCUGCUCCUGGAGGGUGACGGUGAAGCUGAUGAACGACAGGGUGACCUUGGAUCAGGGUUGGGCCACCUACGCCGCAGUUCAUCAGAUCAAGAUCGGCUAUAUGGUGACGUUCAAGCUCCUGACUGCCGACACCCUCAAGGUCAUCAUCUUCGACGACGAUGGCAUUGAGGUGGUCAACAAGUGCGGGAAGCACGACGAAGCCUUCGCCGCCAGGGACUAGGGCCCGGGCACCUCCUUCCUUAGUACUAUCGAGUCUGCUUUAUGGUUUAUGUGUUGAACUGUUUGAACUAUCAUUAUGAUGUAUGGUACUAUGUUAUCUGAACUAUGCUGUUAAGUAGUUGAUUUUCUGUUUAUGCUAUGCUCUGCUUAUGAUGUGUGGUACAUGGUUGUGCCGAAGUGUGCUGGUAACCUCACCAACUAGCCAA